AUGGACACGGCCACGGCCGCCUGCGACAACACAGCCUUUCGAACCUCGACCAUGCAGCGAAGCCAGCUGCCCCGACCCGGCGCGCCGCCUCACGGCCUCUCCGAGCUCAGCGAAUCUCAGAGCAAUGCGCGUCCUCACGCCGCCAGCAUGAUGCCGCCGCCCUCCAAGAUUGGUGGCAUCGCCGCCGGCACCAAGCGCGAGGUGCCCCAGCCAGCAGCAGCGACGCAGCCUCAGAGGAGGACGUUGAUGGACCGAGCCAGAGACUACCCAGACAAGGACCCCGCCGCCACAGCCACAACUGCCGGCCUGCGAAAGAUCCCCCCGAGAGCAAAUGGCCACAUCAAAGGCCAGUCAUUGACUUCGCUUAAGCAGCCCUCCAGCGGCUUUUCCUCGCGCCAAACCUCGACCUCCACCGCCUCGGCCGGCUCGCGUCAGACCUCGAGUAGCAGCUUCGCCAGUAGUAUGGGCGCCGGCCGACAUGCUCUCGAUCGAUCAAAAUCGGCACUGGGCAACCGCGAUCAGUACGGACGUCCAAGAGGCAACACAACCAUCUCACGACCCCAGACGUCCCACGGACACAACCCGGAAGACGACUUUGACGGAGGACACGGACAGAAUGCACCAACACCCGCGCAGAGGGAAGUGUCUCUCAACAGAAAGUUCAAGAACCUGUCCAUCGACGAUGACAGCUUCGAAAGCGCCGUCGUCGAAGGGAGCCAAGUGGUUCCCAUCAGGCCCGUCCCCUCACACACACCCCUCUUCCAGCCCCUAUCCCACGAGAACAUCACGAUUCGCUCGCCCCGCAAACCCGUCCCCAGGUCAGGAGGACUGUCAGAGCUCAAGCCCAAGGCAUCUCGACCCAACCUGGGGGCCUUGACCUGUCCGCCCGUCACACCCGCGGCCGAGUCGAAGCAGAUCAAGGCUCACAUGGACCGGCUCGAGGAGACUGUCAGGUCACUCACUGGCGAUGCGCGGUCCCCCAUCAAGUCCCCGUCGCCACAGAAGCUACCGUUUUUGAGCAAAUUCUCUAACACGACCGAUUUCACAGCCCUUGAUGUCCACGAGAGAUUGGGCGCCGUCGACACGCAGAUGAAGCAGCUGCGGGAUCUCAUGGACAACUCGCUGUCCGAAAAAAAGGCCGCCGACGAUGCGCACGAGUUGAUGAGGAGGAGAGUGGCCGACCUCGAGACGGAGCGAGAACGACUCGGAACACGCAAUGAGACGCUACAGACGGAUCUAGAAAGCACCAGGGAAAAGCUCAAGAUGCUGCAGUUUGAUGUCGAGGCAGAGAGGCGAAAUCACAAGUACGAGCUCGAAGACGAAGCGAGGAGGCACCGCAACGAACAGGACGAGCUUCGAAAACAACUGAGCGAGGAAACGGAACGACUCCAGAAAACCCACCGAGAGGCUCUCGACGCUCUGGACCGCCAAUACCGGGUCGAGCUCGAGGACGAACGCAGCGCCCAGUCGAGAGAGGUGCAGGAGCUGCGGUCCAAGCUGGGCAACGAGCAGCAAGACCUCCACCUCGCGCUGCAGAAGAAGGAGCGCGAGAUGGCCGAGAUGCGGGCGCAGAUGGACGCCUUGCGGGGGGAUCUCGACCGGGAGGAGGCGUUGAAGAAGGGGCUCGCCAGCAACAUUUCCGAGCUCGCCGCCUCCAACGUGACGCUCGAGGCCAAGAUCAACUCGCUCAAGUCGCACGUCGAGUUUCUCGAAUCGGACAACCAGGCGCAGUCCAAUUCGUUCGCCAACAUGGAGGCGAAGCUGCAGGAAGCGCUGCUCGCGGCGGACGAGGCGCGGCACAAGCUCAUCAAGGAGGAGACGGAGCGCCGCAUCCUGUUCAACAAGUACCAGGAGCUCAAGGGCAACAUUCGCGUCAUGUGUCGCGUGCGGCCGAUGCUCGGCGAGGGCGAGGGCGAAGGGGCCAAGAUUACGUUCCCCGACGACAGGACGUCGGCGGAGAUUGCGCUGCAGGGCGCCGAGGAGACGACGGCCAUGGGCCGCGUGAGCCGCAAGACGUUCAACUUUGAGUUUGACCGCGUGUUCGCGCCGGCGGCGCUGAACCAGGACGUGUUUGACGAGAUUUCGCAGCUCGUGCAGAGCGCGCUCGACGGCUACAACGUGUGCAUCUUCUGCUACGGCCAGACGGGCUCGGGCAAGACGCACACCAUGUCGUCGGAGGACGGCAUGAUCCCGCGGGCGACGCACAUGAUCUACGACACGAUGACCAAGCUCAAGGACAAGUCGUGGACGUACACGAUGGAGGGCUCGUUCAUCGAGGUGUACAACGAGGAGCUCAACGACCUGCUGGCGCCGCACGGCCGCGAGUCGGACGGCAAGGGCAAGCGGCUCGAGAUUCGGCACGACGAAGGGGCGCAAGCAGACGACGGUGGCGCACUGCAAGACGGUGGCGCUCGACUCGGCGGACAAGGUCGAGGCGAUGCUCGCGCAGGCGCAGUCGAACCGGUCGGUGGCGGCGACCAAGUCGAACGAGCGGUCGUCGCGGUCGCACAGCGUCUUCAUCCUCAAGCUCGUGGGCCACAACGCGUCGACGGGCGAGCGGUUCACAAUACCCAUAUUGGCACGGCCAAGGCGACGAAGAAGGUGUAA